UGAAAGUUCAGCCGCAUUCAAGGAUUACCCUAAUAAACAAUUGAAAAAAGGAAUCAUUUCGUCUCAUGAACUUGUCCUAAAAAAUGACAAAGCAGAAAUCAAAGAAAUUAAAAUCAACCCAUAUAAAGAAGUUGAAACAUUAUUCGUAGAACCAUCUCAAGUUAUUCGCUUUCCAGGAUACAGACGUCGUCGAAUGUUUCGUUUCCCAGGGUACAGACGCCGUCGAAUUUUUCGUUCUCCAGGGUACAGACGUCGUCGAAUUUUUCGCUCCCCAGGGUACGGAUGUUGUUGA